UUCUGCUUGAUCUCUUACAACCGAAUCUCGGUUUUGCCUUACACUUGCUAAUUCCUCACUUACAAGUGAUGCGGAAUGAGCUUUAUCCAUGAAAGGCGCACGAGGAAUUCGCGUCUUCUAUCGCGAAACACCAUCAUCAACCUCCUACGCUUCUUCUGGGUCAUACUAGUCAUUUGGUGCGAGUUCGGUGUCUUUUUCUACAGUUUAUCAGAUUGCAAGUGGCCAGACAAGGAGUUGAAGGAGGCUGGAUCCACCGAAAAGCCAACCCGAGUCCUCUUAAUUUCAGACCCCCAACUCCCCAAUCCAAGGCGUUCAGGGAUUUCAUGGUUCGGCUAUAGUGCAUCUUCUACGAGAUAUCUGCGGAAAGGCUGGAGCGUCGUAACUCGCCUGCAUCCUCACGCAGUUGUAUGGCUGGGUGACGUCCUUGCCUCUGGACGCUACGUCACGAGUGAAGAUGAGUAUGAAAACUACGUGGAUGAAUUCAAAGGGAUAUUCUCAACCGACAAAUCCGUCCCGAACUAUUUUGUUCCAGGGAAUAGAGAUGUAGGUCUCGGAGAAUCCUCUACUUUCUCCAAGAAUUCGCGAAAAUACUUUACCGAGUACUUUGGACCUUUGAAUCAGGAGGUUAAUCUGGCUGGCCAUAGGCUGCUCUUCAUCGACGCCCCUGGUUUAGUUGAUGAGGAUUACCGUCGGCAUGGGAUGGGCAAGCAGUAUGAGACUUGGACUCCAGCUGUUGGAGGUCCAAUUGAGUUCAUCGCCUCUGUCGCCAUCAAGGCGUCGUCUAGCCCUAUCAUCUUAUUCAGCCAUAUUCCACUGUCCCGACCAGCAAGUACAUCGUGUGGACCACUACGAGAACAAGGCUCUAUACGAGCUAGUGCAGGUCAUGGCUAUCAGAACAUGCUUGGCAAACAGACCACCAGAUUUGUUCUGCACACACUUCAUCCAGCAGUGGUAUUCAGCGGCGACAAUCGAGAUUACUGCAACAUCACCCACCAACUCCGUUCAACAGAUGCCAAUAUAUUGGCAAAAACCACCGUCCGCGAAGUGACAGUAAAAUCAUUCUCCCCAUCCAGGCACAUCCGACGCCCGGGCUUCCAGCUCCUCUCCCUCGUCCAUCCAGACUCUGCCGUAUCACCCCAUGGCCCUACGUUCGCAGAUGCGCAUUGUCUUCUGCCCGAUACCUUUCGCAUCUUCAGCUCAAUAUACGUCCCCGCACUCGUGCUCACCGCGAUUGCGCUGUUGUACUUUAAUAUUUCACCCGACAGGCACCAUCGCCGUUCCUCCACUCUUUCGCCUGUCUCCGUCAGCAGGAGCAGACCAGGUUCCCCGCCGCCAGGCCCAGAGUCCGCAAUAUGGAGCAACUGGUCCCCACGGAGGUCAAACGGACCGACAACUCCGUCGACGGCACUCCCACCCUCACUGCGUGUCUCCAGUGCAAAAGAAAUAUUCACAUUCCGUGCCUUGUCCUCGUCCUCAACCCCUGGGUCACCGCUUGAUUCCCCGCUCCUGAGCCCCAUCCCGCUUUUCCACGCCGGACAUGAGGACGAGAUGAACCCCGUACACUAUCCAUCGCAACAUCACAACGACAAUAUCUGGCCUUCUGGCGAGGACACUCACGAAGCGCCGUCGUUCCUUCCCUCGCCGAGUGCGCAUCGAUCAGAAAGGAAAUGGUCAUCGUGGAGCUGGAGCUGGAGUUUCGUGUUCAGAGAGAGGAGACGGCGGGUGACGAUUGCGCUGCCGACGUGGGGGGAAAUGAGGAGGUUUGGUGCGUCUUUGAACAACGACAGUACCAGCAGAGGCAAGCGGAGGGGCAUGGUAUGGAGGCUGGCGGGUGACAGCAUGAGCGUUGCGCUGCCUGCUGUUGUUACGUGGGCUUUGAUUGGCUGGCUGUUCUUUUGACAUUGAUUGACCGUUAGACUUUGGUCAGACUAUCCGAUACUUACAUGAUUAUCGCCCGUAUAAUGAAUGGCGUAGCGUACAUUGCAUGACCAGUACGAGCUCUUCGCACACGCUUUGACAUGGAUCUGAUGAGUUUGGAGCGACGUCGACUUUGUAUAAUACAGUAUACUACAAGCGGAUGGGGUAGCUAUGUAGAAAUAUUACAUCCAUAGCACUAAUAGAAUCCCGCUGGUAUACUACAACAACAAAGUCACCAUAUAACCCGCGACUCCCAACA